AUGCCAUCAUUAGGCUUCCUCAAGAAGAAACGGACGAGGGAGUCCCCGGGGCAGAAUCAGACUGACCUCGCCUCGCCGACUUCAACAACCUCGAGCCAGCCCACGUCGCCGGUAACCCCAACAUCGCCCAGAGGUUUCGACAAUUCCAUUGCGUCGAUUUCGUCCCAAUCCACUGCACCACCUCCGCAAUCAUAUCCCACUUCCCAAGCUGCAGCCCCAAUUCCAAUUCCAAUUCCAACUCCCAUAAAGAAAGGCAAUUCCGCAACCGUGGACGAACGGCAGCCAAUGACACAAGGUGUAACCCCUCAGCAGCAGGCCAGCUCCCAUGGCGCAUUUUCUCAGAACCCGGUACCGUCGCCCGAGCAGCAGACCUUACCCACGAUCAAUAACCUCGUAAACCCCCCGCAGCAUGGAGAUUCGGGGGCUCUGGCACCCUCGAAUAUGGCCUCCCACAUCCCGUCUGUCCUUUCCCCAGCCUCGAGUACCCCGCACCAGGCAAAAGAGGUCCCCCAGGCACAACAACCCUCACACGCCCAACAACCCACCCAAAUCAGACAAACCAAGGGGAAAUAUUCGUUAGGGGACUUCAACAUACUGCGGACGCUGGGCACUGGGAGUUUUGGAAGGGUGCACCUUGUCCAAUCGAAGCAUAACCAGCGAUUCUAUGCGGUGAAGGUGCUGAAGAAGGCGCAAGUGGUAAAGAUGAAGCAGGUGGAGCAUACAAAUGACGAGCGGAGGAUGUUGCAAGAAGUGAAACACCCGUUCCUCAUCACAUUGUGGGGAACUUUCAAGGACGCUAAGAACUUGUAUAUGGUGAUGGAUUUCGUAGAGGGCGGUGAACUAUUUUCGCUGUUGCGCAAGUCACAGCGCUUUCCCAACCCCGUGGCGAAGUUCUAUGCCGCGGAGGUCACGCUCGCAAUAGAGUACCUGCAUUCGAAACACAUUAUCUACCGAGACCUGAAGCCAGAAAAUUUACUUCUAGACCGCCACGGGCAUCUAAAAAUAACAGAUUUUGGCUUUGCUAAGAAGGUUCCAGACAUCACUUGGACAUUGUGCGGAACUCCGGAUUAUCUAGCUCCAGAAGUGGUAUCCAGUAAAGGGUACAAUAAGUCGGUAGACUGGUGGUCGCUAGGGAUAUUGAUUUUUGAAAUGCUGUGCGGCUUCACGCCGUUUUGGGACGGAGGGUCGCCUAUGAAAAUCUAUGAGAAUAUUCUCAAGGGCCGAGUGAAAUAUCCGCCCUACAUCCACCCAGAUGCUGCGGAUCUGCUCCAGCGUCUCAUUACGGCAGAUCUCACCAAGCGAUUAGGAAACCUACACGGUGGGUCCGAGGAUGUCAAGAACCACCCGUGGUUUGUGGAAGUCACCUGGGAACGGCUAGCUAAGAAAGAUAUCGAUGCUCCAUACGUCCCGCCAGUCAAGGCGGGUGUUGGGGAUGCAAGUCAGUUUGACAAGUAUCCGGAAGAAACAGAACAAUAUGGGCAGGGCGGUGACGACGAAUAUGGCCAACUAUUCCUGGACUUCUAA